AUGCAUCCAGUAGGACAACAACAGCAACAACGACGUGGUAAUUCAACUCGAAUGCCAUUAAUGUAUUCAAAUUCUUUACCACCUGCACCAUUAUUAUCAGGUCCUCCUCAAACAUUACGUUACGGAGUUAUUAGUAAUUUUCAACAAUCAACAACGGGAAGUGGUGGUGGUGGAAUGAAACAUCAUCAACGCGGAAGUGGAAAUCGUGGUGGUCGAGGAUCAACAACAAUUCAUCGACAACAACGUCCAACAGCUGGUUCUCGUUAUCAUCCUUAUCAAUUUCGACCGCCUUUACCUCCUCAACAACAACGUUCCUAUCGUCCAGCACACCCAUUACCACGUACACCUGCUGCAUUGAUGGGUACACCACCUGGUAUGUCACAAUCAGAAUAUGAAUUAAUUCAUUCGGCACAAGUUCAACGUGAUAAAAAGAAACUUGAUGUAUUAGCACCAUCGAAUACAACACAAUUUCUUAUACGUGAUCACAAUCGUCAAACACCAUCAUCAAUAGCAACACCAACACCAACUCAUCAAACAACUCCUUCUCCAUCCACUACACAAGGUCAACCAUCGGUCCCAUAUGAUCAAAUGUUCGAAAUGAAUGAUGCUGAUGCACAAAGUGAUGAUACUGAAAGUAAUCAAGGUGUCGGUUUUGGUGAUGUUGAUCCGUCAGUUGACGAUGAUUUUAAUGAUAUUUAUUAUCAAUGUCGUUAUGAACGUUAUGCAGCAUUUAGUCGAGCUGCUUUACUUAAUGAAGUUUUAUCACUAUGUGCUAAUAUUGAUCGUUUACAACAUGAAAAAAGUGAAGUUGAAAAACGUUUACGUGAUGUACAACAGCAUCUUUAUGAUUUAACAACAGCAUCAAAUAGUAUUCAAGAACGUUCAAUACAUGAUGAAGGAAAUCAAGCUCAUGAAGAUCAAACUCGAUUUCAGCCUCCAUUAAAUGAUCAACAACAAAAUGAUUCGAAUAAUCCUAAUGAAACUAAUCAUGUAGAUGACGAAUUACAAGCAUCAACAUCAUCUCAACCAAUUAUAACUGAACAUAAAGAAACGGAUGAAUCAUUAAUAGAAACAAAUGUAUCAGAAAAUAAUGAAAGUGAACAACAAAUCAUUCAUGACUAA